ACACCCCCGCCCCCACCCCUAGAGGAGCCAUCGAGGGUACAGUAUUGCAUCUACCCGGGUGCUUUUCUUGAGUAGGAGUCACCCGGGAAUUCCCUGAGCCGAGUUUCCCGCCCUGGACCCGGAACCACCCCCCACCCACCUCCACUCGAAUUACACUGACACACACCCCAUUCACACAGGCUACCUUCAGGUCAAGGGGGCCUGGGCUUGCCGUUGGACUAGGGCCCCAGCCCGUUUACUAAAGAGGGCUCCGAGUUGGGAGGGGGGCGUGUCCAGCAGAAGUUCCCUCUGAGCUAGUGUUGGGCGACGUGGGUUUGGUGAAGGUCCCGGGAAUGUAGCAAUAGCAACAAACAGUGCUGACCCCGUCACCAACUCACUGUAUGACCUUGAGCGACUCCUAAUCUCUGGACGUAAACUUUCUGGGUUUGUAGCAUGAAAGAACUGAUGUAAAUGAUCCUAUUUUUAAUUGAAAAAGCAGUGAUUUGGUAAAGUAGAUCUUUGUGAUUUGGAAGGGAGUGCUGCUGGAAGUUGCCUUUGAUACGAAGGCAGCUGCAUGCCUAUUUGCAUAAAUUUGGAAGGGCUCUGGCAGGAGAAUAAUGCCCUUUGACCUAAUCUUUCCUUUGUAAACAGGGUAGCUAAGAGGUAGCCAGGCAAGGUGUAUCACAAACGUAUCUACUGAUCGACUAUGGAAUUCUGAUUCCGAAUUUUUGAAAAUUGAGGACAGAUAUACUUAAUAGGAAUGAUCCAAGACCAAACCGAAAGGAAAACUUGGAGAAUAAAUCAGUUGAGUAAAAUUGAAGUGAAGUUAACCUACCUAGGAUGUGGUGACCUCUAGCCUUUGUUCGAUAAUCUGUAAUCUUUGCCUGCUUUGAUCAUCACAACUCUCUGCCAUAGUUGGUAUAGUCCCUGCAUUACGAUAUAAGAGACUGAGCCUUACAGCCUAGCACAGAGCCUUAGACACAAUAGGUUGUAUAAAGGUAUUUGAUGAGCUAAUUAGAAAUUUUCUCAGUUGCCCAUGUUCACACUGACUGUAGAAGUGGAGCCAGAACUUGAACUUGUCAUAUCACAGCUUUUCCAGAGUUCAUUUUAUUGUGGUUGAAGACCUAACUUUAAUCACUAGAGUUUAGGCCUAUAGGGAAGAUAAAAAAGAUGGAAAAUGAAGACAAAGCUUUGAAAGGGAAUAAUAGUUGAAAACAUGACAUGAAUAUAAUGAGAAAGAUGAGAAUUUUGCUAGAAAAGAUACAUAAAGAUACAAGAAAAUAAAGGGUUCAUUAUUAGUUGUCCUCACUUUUCCAACCAGUGUUAUAAGGGAAGUUGUGGACUUAAUUUCUUGGUUGCAUGAGGAACUGCUGUUAGUGGAUUCUUGAUAAAAUAGAGAAAUGGAAUGCUGUGAGGUGGGGCGAGAAUUAAAUAAGGAAUAGGAAAUAGAAAGUGAAAGAAAGCUGAUGAAAUCUUCCAGUGUCAGAAAUUGGGAAGUAGAAAAUGCCAUCUUUACAAAAAGUCAUAAUGAAGCAAUUAUGUUCAUUGAGAAGUCUUUGGAGGAUUGUCCUCUGGAUGAAGAUGAAGAUGCAUUUCAGGGACUGGGAGAAGAAGAUGAAGAGAUUGAUCAAUUCAAUGAUGAUACAUUUGGGUCAGGUGCAGUUGAUGAUGAUUGGCAGGAAGCACAUGAGCGCCUGGCUGAAUUGGAAGAAAAGCUACCAGUGGCAGUUAAUGAACAAACAGGCAAUGGAGAGAGAGAUGAAAUGGACUUGUUGGGUGACCAUGAGGAGAAUCUGGCAGAAAGGCUCAGUAAGAUGGUGAUUGAAAAUGAACUAGAAGAUCCAGCUAUCAUGAGGGCAGUGCAGACCAGGCCAGUUUUACAACCCCAACCAGGAAGCCUGAAUUCCAGUAUCUGGGAUGGAUCUGAAGUUCUGAGGCGAAUCCGAGGACCACUGCUUGCUCAGGAAAUGCCUACAGUGUCUGUAUUAGAAUAUGCCUUGCCUCAGAGGCCCCCCCAGGGUCCAGAAGAUGAUCGGGACCUUUCUGAACGUGCAUUACCAAGGCGGUCAACUUCACCUAUCAUUGGCAGUCCUCCUGUUAGAGCUGUCCCCAUAGGCACCCCACCUAAACAGAUGGCUGUACCCAGCUUCACCCAACAGAUUCUGUGUCCGAAGCCUGUCCAUGUUCGGCCCCCAAUGCCACCUCGUUAUCCUGCUCCCUAUGGUGAGAGGAUGUCUCCAAACCAGCUCUGCAGUGUCCCGAACUCUUCCCUCCUGGGUCACCCUUUUCCUCCUAGUGUUCCUCCUGUUCUCAGCCCCCUCCAGAGAGCACAGCUUCUUGGAGGAGCACAGCUACAGCCUGGACGGAUGUCUCCCAGCCAGUUUGCACGGGUGCCUGGAUUUGUUGGUAGUCCACUUGCUGCCAUGAAUCCCAAGUUGCUACAAGGGCGAGUUGGGCAGAUGCUUCCCCCAGCACCAGGCUUCCGUGCCUUCUUUAGUGCUCCACCCUCCGCUACACCACCUCCACAGCAGCACCCUCCUGGCCCAGGACCCCACCUGCAAAACCUAAGAUCUCAGGCCCCAGUGUUUAGACCGGACACAACUCACCUUCAUCCACAGCACCGUCGACUCUUGUAUCAGAGACAGCAACAGAAUAGAAAUCAGCAUCGGAAUCUCAAUGGUGCAGGAGAUAGAGGAAGUCACCGGAGCAGUCAUCAAGAUCAUCUCCGAAAGGAUCCAUAUGCCAAUCUCAUGUUGCAGCGGGAAAAGGAUUGGGUCUCCAAAAUCCAGAUGAUGCAACUUCAAAGCACUGAUCCCUACCUGGAUGAUUUUUAUUACCAGAAUUACUUUGAAAAACUGGAGAAACUGUCAGCUGCUGAAGAAAUACAAGGUGAUGGCCCUAAGAAGGAACGCACCAAGCUUAUCACCCCUCAGGUGGCCAAACUGGAGCACGCCUAUAAGCCAGUGCAAUUUGAGGGCUCUUUGGGAAAGCUUACUGUUUCUAGUGUGAAUAAUCCCCGAAAAAUGAUUGAUGCUGUUGUGACAUCUCGGAGUGAGGAUGAUGAGACAAAAGAAAAACAAGUUCGAGACAAGAGGAGAAAAACCCUUGUCAUAAUUGAGAAAACCUACAGCUUACUCCUUGAUGUGGAGGACUAUGAAAGACGUUAUCUCCUAUGUCUAGAAGAAGAGCGACCUGCCCUAAUGGAUGAGAGAAAGCACAAAAUUUGUAGCAUGUAUGACAACUUGAGGGGGAAAUUGCCUGGACAAGAGAGGCCUAGUGAUGACCACUUUGUACAGAUCAUGUGUAUCCGAAAAGGGAAGAGAAUGGUUGCCCGUAUUCUUCCUUUCCUCUCCACAGAGCAAGCAGCUGACAUUCUCAUGACAACAGCCAGGAACCUCCCUUUCCUUAUCAAGAAGGAUGCACAAGAUGAGGUGCUGCCAUGCUUACUGAGUCCCUUCUCUCUCCUCCUCUAUCAUCUUCCAUCAGUGACUAUCACCAGCCUUUUGCAACAGCUAAUGAACCUACCUCAAAGUGCAGCUACACCAGCACCCUCCAAUCCUCACCUCACUGCUGUGCUCCAGAACAAGUUUGGCCUGUCACUGCUCCUUAUCCUCCUGAGCCGUGGUGAAGACCUACAGAGUUCAGACCCUGCUACAGAAUCAACGCAAAAUAAUCAGUGGACAGAGGUGAUGUUCAUGGCAACACGAGAACUUCUACGAAUUCCCCAAGCAGCCCUGGCCAAGCCAAUCUCUAUACCUACAAACCUAGUGUCCCUCUUUUCUCGCUAUGUUGACCAGCAGAAACUGAACUUGCUGGAGACAAAACUGCAGCUAGUUCAGGGGAUACGAUAAAAGAUCUCCAAAUGUGUCCUGUACCUCCUUUUGGCUGUCACCUGCACUGCUGCCAUCACCAAUGGAGUGUUUUUAAUGAGGGAGGGAAGGUAGCUUUUUCCCCAAAGCAAAGUCUUGUGGGAUCGAUUCCUGUUUACAGGGGUUGUCUCUCUAAAUGUCAGAUAUUUCCCCCCUGCUCUAUGAAAUUUGGCUGGGUGAUACUUCUGCUGGUUUCUUCUUUACCUUCUAUGUUACAGUUCUGCAUGUCCUACUUUUACUCAGUUCUCAAUUUUGCAUUUUCUUUGCCCUAGAGACACAAGUGUAAUCUCUCCCUUUAUCCCACCACUACUCCAGCUCAGAGUAGAUUGUAGCCUGCCAAAGGAUUCCUUCCCUCAUCCUAUUGAAGUUGUUUUUUCAUUGCCCCAUAUUAAUAUGACUAUAGAAGAGCCAAUUAAGUAGAAAUCAAGAUAUACACACACACGUAGAUACACACACACACCCCAUAAAUGUAUUUAUGUGGUCUUCAGAGGGUCCUUAAAGAAUGAAUUUUAGAUUGAAAAAUAUUUAGUUGUCUCAUUACUUCCUCUAAACACAAACCAGCUGAUGUAUUUUAAUCUGUUUCUGUUCUAUCUUGUAAUUAAUUUGGUGGGUUCUACUUGUUUUAACAUAAAUAAAGAGUAUGUAGCACGUUUAAUAAAAUCAGAACUCUUAAUUGGCUUAUGCCCAAAUCUAGGCUGAGAAGUCCUUUUUCUUCUUCCCACCUUUAUUUCCUUAGUUUCUGUCCACCUUAAUGGAAAUAGCACAUGGUUAUGUCUUUUUCCUGCUACAACUACAGUGUACUUGAGCCUUUCCCUCAAGUGCAUUUGAAGUCACCCAGGAUGGUCCUCACUAGUAGCCUGCUUUGGCAGUGUGGCUUUUUGCACACUUGUCCUGUCUUCCAGAGACUACUUCAGUAAGCCAUGCUUCCUUCUUCCCCACUUUUAUUUGGUGUCAUGAAUAGAAACUUCCAGCUGUAACCAUGGAAGCUCAGUUUGGCCUGUUUUACUUUUUAGUCUCCACACCAUGGGCAGAACUGCUUUCCUUACUACUUCAUCUCACCCAGGUCCCGUUCCCAGGCAGUCAGGGGCCUGGGUUUGAAUAAUUGCAGGGCCAGCCUGCCAUGAUCUUUCUCACUUACUCCUCUCCCAUUCAGCAAUCAACCAGACUAAGGAGUUUUGAUCCCUAGUGAUUACAGCCCUGAAGAAAAUUAAAUCUGAAUUAAUUUUACAUGGCCUUCCUGAUCUUUCUGCUGUUCUUACCUUUUCGAAUGUAGUUGGGGGGUGGGGGGGCAGGUUAUGAUAUUUAAAGAGAAUAAACAUUUUGCACAUACAUGUAUUGUACAACAGUAAGAUCCUCUGUUAAAACCAGCUGUCCUUGUUCUCCAUCUCCAUUUCUUCCCAUGCUGUAACCCCAGGCUCCACCAGCUGUUCCCCAGUGACGUUACCUAGCUUCCCUCUACCGUUACCUACUGACCAUUUCCACUACACGCCUUUCCUACCUUCCCUUCACAACCAAUCAAGUGAAUACUUGAUUAUUAUCUCUUCCUUACUGUGCUUUAUCUUUUUUGUUUUGUUCUAAUUAAUGAAAAUAAAAGUUUCUAAAUUUACAUUUUUAUAGGGUAUUGUAAAUAAAAACAAAUUGUAUACUUAAAAA